UCUCACUUUCUCUUCUCAAGGAAAAAAGGAGAAGCUAGAGAGAGACUAUUUCAGAGAUUGUUGGAGAGAUUACAAAGUGAGAAAAAUUAUAGAGGAAAGUUUUUAACAGAAGAUUAUUUCAGGACUCCACCAAACGAUCUAAAACUCUCUCUCUAUCUCUCAUAAAGAGAGAGUACUUGAGCGCUUCAAGUUUUCUGUAUUUUGAUCUAAUCAUAAUUUAAGGAAUUAAGCAAGUGCUUAAUUUUCUUGCAGUCAUCUCUUCACUUUUGUCUUUCUUCAUACACACAAAGGGCGAGCAAAAAUGGAUCAAAACAUGAGAAAUUCGCGGCGAACGAGCAUAAGCAGGAGUUUAAGCAGGAGUAGUUGGAACAUGGAGGAGGUAUUUGCAGGAGGUAGAGAUUCGAGAAGAAGUAGCCGAAUUGAUGAAGAUGAGGAAGCUCUCAGAUGGGCUGCCAUUGAAAAGCUUCCAACUUAUGACAGAUUGAGAACAAGUAUUAUGCAGUCUUAUCUCGAGAAUGAAACUCCAGGACAAAAAAUGCCUCACAAAGAAGUUGAUGUCACGAAACUUGACGUCAAUGAUCGCCAAAAAUUCAUCGAUAAACUUUUUAGAGUUGCCGAAGAAGACAAUGAAAAAUUCUUGACCAAGUUCAGAAAUAGAAUUGAAAAGGUGGGGAUUAAACUUCCAACAGUUGAAGUUAGAUUUGAACACUUAACAAUUGAAGCCAAUUGCCAUGUUGGUAACAGAGCUCUUCCCACUCUCCCAAAUGCUGCAAGAAACAUUGCAGAUUCGGUUCUUAGCAUGGUUGGAAUCAAUUUGGCCAAGACAACUAAACUCACAAUCCUUAAAGAUGCCUCAGGAAUCAUAAAACCAUCAAGAAUGACCCUCUUACUGGGUCCACCAUCAUCAGGGAAAACAACCCUUUUGCUUGCAUUAGCUGGAAAGUUGGACCCAAGCUUGAAGGUUAGAGGAGAAGUUACAUAUAAUGGGUACAGGAUGAAUGAGUUUGAGCCACAAAAGACCUCAGCAUAUAUCAGCCAAAAUGAUGUUCACGUUGGAGUAAUGACUGUGAAAGAAACUCUUGAUUUCUCAGCUAGAUGCCAAGGAGUUGGAUCUAGAUAUGAACUCCUCGCUGAACUUGCAAGAAGAGAAAAACAUGCUAGCAUUUUGCCAGAAGCCGAAGUGGAUCUCUUCAUGAAGGCAACUGCAAUGAAAGGAGUUGAGAGCAGUCUCAUUACAGACUACACUCUCAAGAUUUUGGGACUUGAUAUUUGCAAGGACACCAUUGUUGGAGAUGAGAUGCAAAGAGGCAUUUCUGGUGGACAGAAAAAGAGAGUAACAACAGGGGAGAUGAUUGUUGGACCCACCAAAACACUGUACAUGGAUGAGAUAUCAACUGGUCUAGAUAGCUCCACAACAUAUCAAAUAGUGAAGUGUUUGCAGCAGAUUGUGCACCUCACUGACGCCACGAUCUUGAUGUCCCUUCUUCAGCCUGCUCCUGAGACGUUUGAUCUUUUUGAUGAUGUGGUUCUCUUAUCAGAAAGCAAGAUUGUUUACCAGGGCCCACGAGAUAACAUUCUUGAAUUCUUUCAGAGUUGUGGGUUCAGAUGCCCUGAGAGAAAGGGAACUGCUGAUUUCUUGCAAGAGGUUACUUCCAGGAAGGACCAGGAGCAAUAUUGGGCAGACAGGAGCAGACCAUACAGAUACAUUUCAGUGACUGAGUUUGCAAAUAGGUUCAAGAGAUUCCAUAUAGGAAUGCAUCUUGAGAAUGAGCUAUCUGCGCCUUUUGACAAGUCCAGGGGCCACAAGGCAGCUCUAGUUUUCGAUAAAUACUCUGUCCCGAAAAUGGAACUACUCAAGACUUGUUGGGACAAAGAGUGGCUAUUGAUCAAGAGGAAUGCAUUUUUCUAUGUGUUCAAGACAACGCAGAUUAUUAUCUUCGCGGUCAUUGCAUCGACAGUGUUUAUAAGGUCUAAAUUGCAUACCAGAAAUGAAGACGAUGGAGCAUUAUACAUUGGUGCAUUGUUAUUUUCACUGAUCAAUAAUAUGUUCAAUGGCUUUGCUGAGCUUUCACUCAUGAUUUCAAGACUUCCAGUGUUUUACAAGCAGAGAGACCUUAAGUUUCAUCCUGCUUGGACAUUCACACUCCCAACUUUCCUGCUCGGAAUCCCGAUAUCUGCUUUUGAGUCCAUUGUCUGGGUUUCCUUGACAUAUUACUCAAUAGGAUUUGCACCAGAAGCUAGCAGGUUUUUCAAGCAUCUGCUAGCGGUGUUUCUGAUUCAACAAAUGGCUGCUGGGAUCUUCAGGCUUAUUGCUGGAGUGUGCAGGACUAUGAUCAUUUCCAAUACGGGCGGUGCUCUCACUCUCCUCCUUGUGUUUUUGCUGGGAGGUUUCAUUCUUCCUAAAGGUCAAAUUCCAAAAUGGUGGAGUUGGGGCUACUGGGUUUCACCUUUGACAUAUGGUUUCAAUGCCUUUGCUGUGAAUGAAAUGUAUGCUCCUAGAUGGAUGGACAAAAUGGCCGCAGACAAUGUCACCACAUUGGGAGUGGCAGUGCUCAGAUCCUUCGAUGUUCCCACUGACAGAAACUGGUUUUGGAUUGGUGUGGCAGCCCUUUUCGGGUUCACAGUUCUGUUCAAUGUUCUCUUUACAUUUGCGCUCAUGUACCUAAAUCCUCUUGGAAAGCCACAAGCAACACUUUCUGAAGAAACAGCCGCAGAGAUUGAGGCUGGCCAGGAGGAAACAAAGGAGGAACCAAGAUUAGUAAGGCCAAAAUCAAAGAAAGAUUCAUUCCCUCGAUCACUAUCUUCUGCCGGCACGAACAAUUCAAGGGAAAUGAUAAUCCAGAGAAUAAGCAGCAGGUCCAAUCGCAAUGGACUAAGUAGAAAUGGUGAUGCUUCUCUUGGGACAGCCAAUGGUGUUGCUGCUAAAAGAGGAAUGGUUCUGCCUUUCACUCCUCUUGCAAUGUCAUUCGACACUGUGAAUUACUCUGUGGACAUGCCUCCUGAAAUGAAAGAGCAAGGUGUAGCAGAGGACAAGCUCCAGCUACUUAGGGGUGUAACAGGUGCAUUCAGGCCUGGACUAUUGACAGCUCUAAUGGGAGUCAGUGGAGCAGGAAAGACAACUUUGAUGGAUGUUUUGGCUGGAAGAAAGACUGGCGGUUACAUUGAAGGUGAUGUUAGAAUCUCAGGAUUCCCUAAGAAACAAGAAACCUUUGCAAGAAUUUCAGGGUACUGUGAACAAACCGAUAUCCACUCGCCCCAAGUCACAGUUAGAGAAUCCUUGAUUUACUCAGCUUUCCUUCGGCUCCCUAAAGAAGUCAGCAAAGAGGAAAAGAUGCUUUUUGUGGAUGAAGUGAUGGAAUUGGUAGAGCUAGUUGGUCUCAAGGAUGCUAUAGUGGGAUUGCCAGGAGUUACAGGGCUGUCAACCGAGCAGAGAAAGAGAUUGACAAUAGCAGUGGAGCUUGUUGCUAAUCCCUCAAUCAUUUUCAUGGAUGAACCAACAUCUGGCCUCGAUGCAAGGGCAGCUGCCAUUGUUAUGAGGACUGUGAGAAACACUGUGGAUACUGGUAGGACUGUUGUUUGCACCAUUCAUCAACCUAGUAUCGAUAUCUUCGAAGCCUUUGAUGAGUUGCUACUGAUGAAGAGAGGAGGACAAGUGAUCUACGCAGGACCACUGGGAAAAAAUUCUCACAAGAUCAUUGAAUAUUUUGAGGCUAUUCCUGGAGUCCCUAAAAUUAAAGAAAAAUACAAUCCAGCAACAUGGAUGCUAGAAGUGAGCUCAGUAGCAGCCGAAGUUCGUCUAAACAUGGACUUUGCCGAAUAUUACAAAUCAUCAGCUUUGUUCCAGCGAAACAAGGCAUUGGUUAAGGAGUUAAGCACACCACCACCAGGAGCAAGAGACCUUUACUUUCCCACUCAAUAUUCUCAAUCUUCAUGGGGACAAUUCAAGUCUUGUUUUUGGAAGCAGUGGUGGACUUAUUGGAGAAGUCCUGACUAUAAUCUUGUUAGAUACUUUUUCACCUUGGCUUCUGCUCUGAUGGUUGGAACAAUUUUCUGGAAAGUUGGCACUAAAAGGGAGGACACAAGUGAUCUUACCAUGAUCAUUGGUGCCAUGUAUUCUGCUAUAUUGUUUGUCGGUGUCAAUAACUGCUCCACGGUACAACCAAUAGUAGCAAUUGAAAGAACGGUGUUUUAUCGCGAAAGAGCUGCCGGAAUGUACUCUGCAUUACCUUAUGCCCUUGCACAGGUGGUUUCCGAGAUACCAUACGUCUUCGUUCAAACCAUAUAUUAUACCCUCAUUGUGUAUUCCAUGGUGAGCUUUGAAUGGAGAGUAGCCAAAUUCUUUUGGUUCUUCUUUGUCACAUUCUUCUCCUUCUUAUACUGGACAUACUACGGAAUGAUGACUGUUUCCAUCACACCAAACCACCAAGUAGCAGCUAUAUUCGCAGCAGCAUUCUACGCGCUCUUCAUUCUCUUCUCCGGCUUCUACAUCCCAAGACCGAGAAUUCCCAAGUGGUGGGUAUGGUACUACUGGAUUUGCCCGUUAGCGUGGACAGUGUACGGAUUGAUCGUGUCACAAUACGGAGAUGUCGAAGACCCGAUUCGAGUGCCCGGAAUGGAAACUAGGCCUAGUAUAAAGUGGUACAUUGAGGACCAUUUUGGGUUUGAUCCAAACUUCAUGGGACCAGUGGCCGCAGUUUUGGUUGGGUUCACAGUCUUCUUUGCCUUCACGUUUGCCUACAGCAUAAAGACUUUGAACUUCCAAACCAGAUAGAAGAGAAUUCACCAUAGCCGAAUCUUGUUGAAGCAUGUGUCACAGAUCAAAUUAAUCAGCAGAAAAUAAGGAAUAUGAGUUUAGUUUACAAGUUUUGGAGUUUGGGCAUGUAAAUGUAAAUGUAAAAGGUUACCACCCAAAAUGAGAAAUGCAUUCAUAUUACCAUCAAAAUGUUAUAUUUUGAUUUCUUCCA